AUGAGCGAAGAGGAGAAAAGGCUGCCGUUUCCCAGAGAUGCUGAGCCCGCCAAGCUGCGGCUUCAGCGGGAGCUGGGACUGGCCAGCUCCGUGUCAAUGAUCACAGGCUGUAUGAUCGGCUCCGGGAUCUUUGUGAACCCUCAGCACGUUCUCUACCAGAUGGGGAGUCCCGAGGGGAGCCUGGCUAUCUGGGCUGCCUGCGGCCUCCUGGCCACCCUGGGGGCUCUGAGCUAUGCUGAGCUGGCCACACUCAUCCCAGAAUCCGGCGGAGACUACGUCUACAUUCUUCGCAUCUUCGGGUCCCUCCCCGCUUUCCUAGUGAUUUACGUCUCGACGCUGUUGAUAAAACCCGCUGCAACUGCUGCCAUGUCUUUAGUUUUUGCGGAGUACGUGGUGACCCCCUUCUACCCCGGCUGCUCCUCGCCGCCAGAGGUGCUGGUCAAGUGUGUGGCCGCUAGCUGCAUCCUGAUCCUUGCCUUGGCCAACUGCCUGAGUGUCCGGCAGGCCACUCGGCUGAUGAACGUGUGCUCGGUAGCCAAGGUCCUGGCGCUGCUGCUCAUCAGUGGCGGAGGGCUCUGGGUCCUGGUCCAGGGUCGCGCCGGGGAGACCCUCCAGAACACCUUCGCCGGCACCACGCAGCAGCUGGGAAGCGUCGGCAUCGCCUUCUACCAGGGCCUCUGGUCUUUCAGUGGCUGGAACUACUUGAAUUUGGUGACCGAAGAGCUGAGGAACGCCAAUAAGACGCUGCUGUGGGCUGUUGUGAUCUCCAUCCCCCUGGUCACUGGUCUCUACAUCCUCGUGAACCUGAGCUACAUGGCAGUCAUGAGUCCCAGCGACAUCCGGGACUCCAGUGCUCUGGCUGUCACGUGGGGGAACCAAAUCCUGGGGAAUUGGGCCUGGCUGAUGCCUGUGUCAGUGGCCCUCUCAACGUUCGGCUCAGUGAACGGAAGCUUCUUUGGCGGGAGCCGCAUGUGCUAUGCUGCCGCCAGGGAGGGCCACAUGCCAGCUAUCCUCUCCAUGGCUCACGUCCGCCGUCUCACCCCUUCUCCAGCGCUGACUUUCACGUCCGCCAUAGCUCUCAUCAUGAUCAUCCCGGCAAAUUUCAGCAGCAUCGUCAACUUUUGCAGGCAAGUGUGAAGCUUCCUAAUAUGGAUAAUUCAUGGAACUACCAUCAGCUGCCUCCUUUAUGUAAAAAUUAAGAAGAAGGACCUGCCAAGAUCAUACAAGGUCCCCAUCUUCAUCCCGGUCAUUGUGUUGCUGGCCUCCAUCUACCUGGUCUUGGCACCCAUCAUGGACAAACCACAGAUGGAAUUCCUGUACGUCUUCCUGUUCCUGCUCAGUGGCAUUGUGGUGUAUUUCCCCAUCGUGUACUUCCGAUACCAACCCCCAUUCUUGCAGGCAGCCACGGUACAGCUUCAGUUCUUCCUAGAAGUGGCUCCAACUAUAAAGAAUGUGGACUGAUGGAUUCUCCAUAUCCCACCAUAUCCCUUGACUUGGCUUAGUAUUUUUCUUUUCUUUUUUCUUUC